UAACCUAUCAGGAGCGGAGUAACGAAUGCGGUGCUGUCAAUAUUAGUGGAUGCUGACAAAAUUUUAUAGACAUUUCUGGUCUCAGUCUUCCAAAUGGAAGAAACAAAGGACAGCUUGGUGUACAAAGGUGUUGCUGAGAGGCUAACGCUAGGCAUUACUCGAAUACUCGAUAACAUGCCAGGUGUUGUGGAUGUGCGUUUCGCAGAGAGGGAGCCUGCAGAGAAAAGGAGCCUGCUGUCAUGGGAACAGAAAAACACAUGUAUUUUGCCAGAAGAUCUGCGAGACUUUUACCUGACUACUGAUGGAUUCACUUUAACCUGGAAUGUUAAGUUAGACAAUGAGUGUGUUCCCUUAGGAUGUAUGAUGGUAAACAGUGUGGCCAGGCUUUGCCCAUUGCUUCAGCCAGUGUCACUUUUCUCUCUACCCAAUGCACCCUCACUGGCUGACCUGGACUGGGAGGGGAGCAGCCCAGGAAGUGGACUGGAGCACGCGCCUGCCGCACCUCAUUUCGAUGCCAGGAGCCGCAUCUUUGAGCUGGAUUCCUGUGGUGGGAAUGGAAAAGUGUGCCUGGUCUACAAAAACUGCACUCCAGGUGUGGUCGCCCAGAAAAGUGAAAUCUGGUUUCUGGACCGUGCACUGUGCUGGCAUUUUCUGACAGCAACAUUUACCUCCUAUUACCGGUUGAUGAUAACACACCUUGGCCUGCCUGAGUGGCAGUAUGCCUUCACCCCCUAUGGCCCAAGCCCCCAGGCUAAGCAGUGGGCAUCUCUUUACCAGCCCCUAACUUUCAGCAGUGAACCCAACCAGAUUGAUCCUGCUGGAGAUCCCUUUAUAAACAAGCUGGACCCCACCAAGGCUUUUAAGGGCAAAACCAAAGCACCGCCCCCAAAGAAGAAGCAGUCGACGCAGUGCGGCUCAGCCGGCAUUGCAAAGACUCAAGGCAGCACUGGAAGACACAGUGGAGGAAAGCGGUGA